AUGGGCAAAUCCUCUUUCCGGAACUCCUGGGGCAAUCUCUAAGUAGUUAUCAUGGAUGAACAGGAGGUGUUGAAAUCGAUCAUGCAGGACCUGGCUGAACUGCAUCGCUCUAGCCGGCCAGCCAUGACCCUGUCUGAUCAGAACAAACCCAAAACCUCCUCUCCUAAGAACCAGAAUGAUGUUCGGGUGAAGUUCGAGUUCAGAGGAGAGAAAAGGAUUCUGCAGUUUCCACGACCUCUCAGGCUAGAUGAUCUGAGUGUCAAAGCUAAAGUGGCAUUUGGACAGACAAUGGACCUGCACUAUACCAAUAAUGAGCUGGUGAUUCCUUUGAGCACUCAGGAUGAUCUUGAUAAGGCUGUGGAGCUGCUGGACCGGUCUGUCCACAUGAAGAGCCUUAAGAUCCUGCUGGUGCUACCAGCAUCCUCCCAGAACUCAUUUUCCAGUAUGAAUCUGUUGCUGAGUCACGAGAAGCUGGACAACACAGAUCGAAAAAACAUGCUGGCCCUGAUAGGCUGUCAGUCGACGGACCGUAGCUCACCUCCUCCAGGCUACAUCCCAGACGCUCUGCAGCAGGUAGCCAGAAACGGUUCUUUUACCAGCAUCAACAGUGAGGGAGAGUUUAUACCUGAGAGCAUGGACCAGAUGCUGGAUCCACUGUCAAUGAGCAGCCCGGAAAAUUCAGCAUCAGGCAGUUGUCCUUCUCUGGAUAGUCCUCAUGACAAUGAUAGCUACCCUAAAUCACGCAUGCCCCGAGCCCAGAGUUACCCAGACAACCAUCAGGAGUUUCCUGAAUACGACAUCCCAGUGUUUGAGAAGUCAGGAAAAGGUGGCACAUACCCACGGAGAUACCCUAUUCCCUUUGGUUUACAGGACUACAGUGAUGGGCGUAAGACUUUCCCACGAGCACGCCGAACACAGGGCCACGGGUUCCGCUCGCCCAUGAGUUUCAGCCCAACAGACCAGAGCCCCAGCACCAGCAGUGGAAGCAGCAUAUUCUCACCAGAGCUUGAGGAACCAGGGCGCCGACGUCGGGGUAGUGACAUCGAGCCCAACACCAUCCCAACACUCUCCGUCAUGGACAUCAGCCCACCCAGUCGCUCUCCUCGUGCUCCAACAAACUGGCGCCUUGGAAAGUUACUGGGUCAGGGAGGAUUUGGCCGGGUCUUUCUCUGUUACGAUGCUGACACUGGUAGAGAACUGGCUGUUAAACAGGUCCAGUUUGACCCAGAUAGCCCUGAGACCAGCAAGGAGGUGAGCGCGUUAGAGUGCGAGAUCCAGCUUUUGAAGAAUCUUUGCCACGAACGCAUAGUCCAGUACUACGGUUGCUUACGGGACACGCAUGAAAGAACCCUCUCCAUCUUCAUGGAGUACAUGCCAGGGGGCUCGAUUAAAGACCAGCUGAAGUCGUACGGUGCACUGACAGAAAACGUCACACGGAAGUACACGCGGCAGAUUUUGGAAGGAGUGUGUUACCUGCACAGCAACAUGAUCGUACACAGAGACAUCAAAGGUGCAAAUAUCCUAAGGGAUUCGGUGGGGAACGUGAAGCUGGGUGACUUUGGGGCAAGUCGGCGUUUACAGACCAUCUGUCUUUCAGGGACUGGAAUAAAGUCGGUGACAGGCACGCCAUACUGGAUGAGUCCUGAGGUUAUAAGUGGCGAGGGCUAUGGAAGGAAAGCUGAUAUCUGGAGUGUUGGCUGUACGGUGGUAGAAAUGCUAACUCAGCGACCUCCAUGGGCAGAAUUUGAGGCCAUGGCAGCCAUCUUCAAAAUUGCUACUCAGCCAACCAACCCCACACUCCCAGCUCAUGUGUCUGACCACUGCCGAGACUUCCUUAAACGGAUUUUCGUAGAAACAAAACAGCGCCCGGCGGCUGAGGACCUAUUACGGCACAUUUUCGUUCACUAACCCCUUAAUCACUGACCAAUCAAAGACAACCCUAAGUGUCUGUAGGCUCUGCCCUUUUCUACACUCCUCC